GCCCCUGCGGCGCCGCUGGAGCCCUCCUCACGCCGUCGCCGCCGCGCUCGUGUCCGCCGCCCGGCCUAGGAGCCGAGAUAACCGGUAGAAGUCGCACGCGUGGCCCGCCGUGAAGAUGGAGGGGCCCUUAUCUGUGUUCGGGGACCGCAGCACCGGGGAGGCGAUCCGCUCCCAGAACGUUAUGGCUGCAGCUUCCAUUGCCAAUAUUGUAAAAAGCUCCCUUGGUCCGGUUGGCUUGGACAAAAUGCUGGUGGAUGAUAUUGGAGAUGUAACCAUUACUAACGACGGUGCAACCAUCCUGAAGUUGUUGGAGGUGGAACACCCUGCAGCUAAAGUUCUCUGUGAGCUGGCUGAUCUGCAGGACAAAGAAGCUGGGGAUGGGACCACUUCUGUGGUUAUUAUUGCAGCAGAACUUCUGAAAAAUGCAGAUGAACUAGUCAAACAGAAAAUUCAUCCCACAUCAGUAAUUAGUGGCUAUCGGCUGGCAUGCAAGGAAGCUGUGCGAUAUAUCAGUGAAAAUCUAAUUAUUAACACAGAUGAACUUGGAAGAGACUGCCUGAUUAAUGCUGCUAAGACAUCCAUGUCUUCCAAAAUUAUUGGAAUAAAUGGUGAUUUCUUCUCUAACAUGGUAGUGGAUGCCGUGCUUGCUAUUAAGUACACAGACUCAAGAGGCCAGCCACGCUAUCCAGUCACUUCUGUUAAUAUUCUGAAAGCUCACGGGAGAAGUCAAACAGAAAGCAUGCUGGUCAAUGGCUAUGCACUCAACUGUGUGGUGGGAUCCCAGGGCAUGCCCAAGAGGAUAGUUAAUGCAAAAAUUGCUUGCCUUGACUUCAGCCUGCAGAAAACAAAAAUGAAGCUUGGUGUACAAGUGGUUAUCACAGACCCUGAGAAAUUGGACCAAAUUAGACAGAGAGAGUCAGAUAUCACCAAGGAGAGGAUUCAGAAGAUCCUGGCGGCUGGCGCUAAUGUUGUUCUCACCACUGGAGGGAUUGAUGACAUGUGUCUCAAGUAUUUUGUGGAAGCUGGUGCUAUGGCAGUCCGGAGAGUUUUAAAGAGAGACCUUAAACGCAUUGCUAAGGCUUCUGGGGCAAGUAUUUUGUCAACCCUUGCCAAUUUGGAAGGCGAAGAAACUUUUGAAGCCACAAUGUUGGGACAAGCAGAAGAGGUGGUACAGGAGAGAAUUUGUGAUGAUGAACUCAUCUUAAUCAAAAAUACAAAGGCUCGUACAUCUGCAUCAAUUAUCUUGCGUGGGGCAAAUGAUUUCAUGUGUGAUGAGAUGGAGCGCUCCCUACAUGAUGCUCUGUGUGUGGUGAAGAGAGUUUUGGAGUCCAAGUCCGUGGUCCCAGGUGGUGGGGCCGUAGAAGCAGCCCUUUCCAUUUACCUUGAAAACUAUGCGACCAGCAUGGGGUCUCGGGAACAGCUUGCGAUUGCUGAAUUUGCAAGAUCUCUCCUUGUUAUUCCUAAUACUCUGGCAGUUAACGCUGCUCAAGACUCCACAGACCUGGUUGCAAAGUUAAGAGCAUUUCAUAAUGAGGCUCAAGUUAACCCAGAACGCAAAAACCUAAAAUGGAUAGGUCUCGAUUUGGUCAAUGGGAAGCCCCGAGACAACAAACAAGCAGGGGUUUUUGAACCCACCAUUGUUAAGGUGAAGAGCUUGAAAUUUGCCACAGAAGCUGCAAUUACCAUUCUUCGAAUUGAUGACCUUAUAAAAUUACACCCGGAGAGCAAAGACGAUAAACAUGGAGGCUAUCAGGAUGCCGUUCACUCCGGAGCCCUGGAUGACUGAUCUCACUCCCCCUUAUUUAUAACAGUGUUAGAGGCAGUGUCUUACACCUUACAUAUUAAAAGUACAGCAAGCUGUCAACUUGGA